AUAUUCCGGGCUCGCUGUGGAUUCUGGGAGACGGCGGGGAGGGGGGACACUGCCCAGGAUCGUUACCGGGAGAACUGGGAUUGGACAUUUUUUUUUUCUCCCCCGCUACCUUGUUUUGUAAGUAUCCCAACGGGCUCGUGCAGCUUCGCCUCGUGCCUUUCAUUGUCCAGUGUCAACGGUCGAGCAGAAUCCAACACUGGUAGCACUUGGAGCAUCAUGUCUAGCCGAGGAGGAAAGAAGAAGACAACCAAGACGUCUCGGUCCACCAAGGCCGGCGUCAUCUUCCCCGUGGGGCGCAUGCUGCGCUACAUCAAACGGGGGCUGCCUAAAUAUCGCAUUGGAGUGGGAGCGCCUGUCUACCUGGCUGCUGUCCUCGAGUACCUAACCGCUGAGAUCUUGGAGUUGGCCGGCAAUGCAGCAAGAGACAACAAAAAGGGCCGUGUGACACCGCGGCACAUCCUGCUGGCCAUCGCCAACGACGAAGAGCUGAACCAGUUGCUUAAAGGUGUGACCAUCGCGGCGGGCGGAGUGUUGCCCAACAUCCACCCGGAGCUGCUGGCCAAGAAGAGAGGCGCCAAGGGCAAACUGGAGACGCCCGUGUCGCCGGCACCAGAGAAGAAACCCAAGACGGUGAAGAAAACUGCAGCUAAGAAACUUGGUGGGAAAAAGGCUGGAGGGAAGACUAAGAGAGGCGAGGUGAGCAAGUCGGCGUCGGCGGACAGCACCACGGAGGGAUCUCUGGCAGACAGCUUCACCGUGCUCUCCACAAAGAGCCUCUUCCUGGGCCAGAAGCUCAACCUAAUCCACAGCGAGGUCAGUAACUUGGCUGGCUUUGACGUGGACGGGGUCAUCAACCCCACCAAUGCAGAACUUGAACUUAAAGAUGAUCUAGGCUCUGCUCUGGAAAAGAAAGGAGGGAAGGAGUUCACGGAGGCACUGCAAGAGCUGAAGAAGAAAAACGGCCCUCUGGAGGUGGCUGGCGCCCUGUUGACCGGCGGUUUCGGGCUGCCCGCCAAGUACGUCAUCCACUGUAACAGUCCAGGCUGGGGCUCUGAUAAGUGUGAGGAGAUGCUGGAGAAGACGGUGAAGAACUGCCUGGCUCUGGCAGAUGAGAAGAAACUCAAGUCUGUGGCCUUCCCCUCCAUUGGCAGUGGAAGGAACGGUUUCCCCAAGCAGACCGCGGCCCAGCUGAUCCUCAAGGCCAUUUCCAGCUACUUCGUCGCCACCAUGUCUUCCACCAUCAAGACCGUCUACUUUGUGCUGUUCGACAGCGAGAGCAUCGGCAUCUACGUGCAGGAAAUGGCCAAGCUGGAGAGCAGCUAAAGCGCCGCCGCGGAGGCUCGUCGUCCCUCUCCCGCCGCUUUCUGUUUUUCUUUCGGAGAGAGGAAGGUGUUUACUGGUGAUCUGUUUAGAAAUGAAGAAAAGAAGCAGAAGAAGAAGAAGAAGUGUAAAGGCCGGGAACUUUUUUUUUUUUUUUUUGCAUUAUGUUUGUAUGUUUUACUCUAUAGUUUUUAAUUCCUCAUUUACUCGUCACUUCUGGUGUUUAACUGUAGACGUGCGCUUUUUUUUUCUUUUUCUAAGAUCUUUUUACUCAAACAGUGCCGCACAAAAAGAAAACCAACAAUUACCGUUUAGUUUUCAGAAUAUAGAUAUAUAUAUAAAUACAAUAAAAAAAAAGACGAGAUAUAGCUGCACACGGCUUCUAGAGAGGUUUCGACGAUACGGGUCAAUGCAUGUAAAGGCAGUAAGGAUAUUAACAAAAACAGCUAUUCUCUCUGCUGAGCUCAGCAUCACUCUACAUUUAACUGUGUUGUAGUUUUUUGGUAUCGGUUUGGAACGUCUGUUGUACUGUAUAAAGAAAAAGGUAAAAGAUUUGUUGGCGUUGGUCCGCUUUGGUCUUUAGGAGACUCCAGUAUCCGUGUACUAGAACGAGUUCUUGUGUUGUGUGUUGCAAACUUCACUUUUUUUGCCUUUUGUUUAGACAGGCAAAGUAUUUUCUCUGUGCGCUGCAAAAAUAAGAAAAAGAAAAAAAAAAAAUAAGACGUUGAAAAGGUUGUUCCGAACAGCGUAGACAGCUGGACGUUUCAGGUUUUUUGCAGGACACCUUUUCGUUUCUAUUUGUGUGUUCCUAUAAGUGUUCAUAUUAGAUGGGAGUGUUUGUGAAACAUUAUGGAGAAAUAUUAAACUGUAACACAGAAUUUUAUUUGUUUUAAUUUCCCUUGAUUAUAAAAAUGGCACAAGAUUUGGAA